CGGUCCGGGACAGAUGGGCCUUGCAGGGACGCCGAUUCCGGCCUAGAGCUCCGCUGAACGGCGAACCGAACCCGGUGAUCUGGUGUGGGGAGGGAGGAAGCGCUGCAGUAUGUCGUCCGGUCAGCCCUGGUACCACGGGAAUAUCACCCGCUCUAUGGCAGAGGACCUGCUGUCUAAAGAAGCCAAGGAUGGAAGCUUUCUGCUCAGGGACAGCGAGUCCAUACAGGGAGCUUAUGCCCUCUGCGUCCUGUAUCAGAACUGUGUGUACACCUACAGGAUACUUCCCAACGAGGACAAAAAGCUCUCAGUGCAGGCAUCUGAAGGCGUUCCCAUUCGCUUCUUCUCGGUUCUCCCCGAGCUGGUGGAAACUUACUAUACAGAGAACAUGGGUUUAGUAACACACCUGCAGUAUCCUGUACAGAAGGUGGAGGAGGUGGAGGAUGAAGAGUUCCACAGUUUACCUCCACAGCUUCCACCCAGAAACUUCACACCCAACGAGGGCAGAGAAUCCCACGACGAGCCGGCCAGGGCGGUGGAGCCGAGCCGUCCGUCCAUCUCAGAUACUUACCUCCAGCGUCUGCAGCUCCUCGACAUGUCCAACCUGUCUGAAGAGCAUCAAACUGCAAUUCAGGAGUAUUUCUGCUCGGCCGUGACGCUGGACGCCGAGCAGGUGCAGAACGGGAACCCCGCUCUUCCCAACCUGAAGAAACUUCUCAAGACCAUCUGCAAGAACCUCAACAGCGAGAUCUCUCACACUCUCCCGACUCUGGAAGCUCUGCAGAAAGUCGUGGAUCAGCCUCAGUCACCCGGAGCCGGGAGGCUUAAAGGACAGCUGUCUGUCGAUUCGAGCCAGUCUGUGGCUUUGAGACUUGAGCAACUGACCAAGCUUCUGAAUUCUAUAGAAGACAAGGCUAAGAAUACAUUAUUCGAGGCUGUUGGAUAUGACGGCGGCCACAGAAAGUCACUCAUACCACCCGUGAUCUUUGAGGUGAAAUCAGAUACCCUUGGCAUCUCAACCAAAAUGUUUCUGAAGGUGGAUGUGGAGAGUGGGAAGGUUUACUUCAAGAAAACCAAAGACGGACCCGAGGAUAAAUACUUCGUCCACAAUAAAAUUUUGCAGUUGAUAAAGUCCCAGAAGAUGCACACCAAGCUGGAAUUAGUGGUGGAGACCGAGAGAGAAAAGACGCAGCGCAAAGAAUUUGUCUUUAAUGACACAAAGAAGCGGGAAGGAUUCUGUCAGUUACUUCAGCAGAUGAAGAAUAAACACACAGACAAACCUGAGCCGGACAUGAUCAGCAUCUUCGUUGGCACGUGGAACAUGGGAAAUGCCAGCCCACCGCCCAACAUCACAUCAUGGUUUCAGUCCAAGGGUCAGGGCAAGACCCGCGACGACACGGCCAGUCAGAUCCCCCACGACAUCUACGUGAUAGGAACGCAGGAGGACCCGCUGGGAGAGAGAGAGUGGAUAGAUACAGUACGAGGAACCCUCCGAGACAUCACCAACAUCAGAUUUAAACCGAUUGCCACCCAGACGUUGUGGAACAUCAGAAUCAUCGUCCUCGCCAAGCCGGAGCACGAGAACCGCAUCUCCCACAUCUUCUGUGACAGUGUGAAGACUGGAAUAGCGAACGCUCUAGGAAAUAAGGGAGCCGUGGGGGUUUCGUUUAUGUUUAACAGCACCUCGUUUGGGUUCGUGAACAGUCACCUGACCUCAGGGAGCGAAAAGAAGAUCAGACGGAACCAGAACUACGUCAGCAUCCUGCGCUUCCUGAACCUCGGAGAUAAGAAACUGAAUCUUUUCGACAUAACUCAUCGCUUCACACACCUCUUCUGGCUAGGGGACCUGAACUACCGAAUUGAACUUCCACCGGAGGAAGCUGAGAACAUCGUGAUGAAGAUCAAACAGCAGCAGUAUCAGGAACUGUUGGGCAGAGACCAGCUGAACAUGGAGAGGAAGGACAAGAAGGUCUUCCUGUACUACGAGGAGGAAGAGAUCAUGUUCGCCCCAACAUAUCGCUUCGAGAGAGACACGCGUGAGCGAUACGUCUACACCAAAGCCAAAGCGACAGGGACUAAAUACAACCUGCCCUCGUGGUGCGACCGCGUGCUCCGUAAGUCCUACCCGCAGGUCCACGUGUCGUGCCACUCUUACGGAUGUACCAAUGACAUCAUGACGAGCGACCACUCCCCCGUGUUUGCCACGUUUGACGUUGGAGUGACAUCACAGUAUGUCUCAAAGAACGAUCCGACUAAAGAAAGCCAGGGUGCGAUCAAGUUCAUGAACUGUGUGGCUACACUGAAGACUAAAGCCAAGACCAAAUUCUUCAUCGAGUACCACUCCAGCUGCUUGGAAAAAUUUGUUAAGAAUCCUGAAAUCAGUCAAGUGAACACAGAGGAUUUGAUAAAAGUUCGAUUUGCAGCUCAUGUCGAGCUCACACCCAUCAUUUCAGACCCUGAAUAUUUACUGGAUCAGCAUAUUAUGAUUAGCAUCACAUCCACCGAUAGUGACGAAUCAUACGGUGAGACGUGUGUAGAUCUGCGGAGUGCAGAAAGCACCUACACCGAGUUCGAAGUCCCUCUUACACACCAUGGGGAUUGGAUGGGAACGCUAACGGGGGGCAUCCAGUUACACACGUCAGAGGGGAAACAGACAGAGAAGCUGUACGAUUUUAUCAAGAUUGGUGAUGAUUCAGGGGUCAGUAAAGGAAAAUCAGAUCACAGCAGCAGGUCGUCGAAGGCCGCGCCCAGUGACAUUUCCAAUCCGAACUACAUGGAUGUGGGUUAUAAAAGCAGCGGCCUGAACGAGAGAGGGUUCAGCUACACCAGCCGAUCAGGAGUUAAAGACAUCGGCAACGUUUCUCCAAAAAAGACGUAUGAUCAUUCUGUCCCCAGCCCCCCAGCAAAGAUCUCCAGUCCUGUAUCUGAGGACGAGCAGCCACCAGAGAUGUUCGACAACCCCCUGUACGGAACAACCGGCAAGUCACGAUGUGCCAAGGAGCAAGAGCCCCCCCGAAGGGACCACUUGUCCCCCCCAGAGUUUUUUGCCUUCCCCAAGCCCCCCGAGGUAGAAUCUGACCGUGCUCCUCCAGUCCCAAGCCCCCGAAAUCGCUCGUUCACCUGCUCCGAAACCAAACCUCACAGUACCUCCCCAACGCCCCCUGGCAGCAUGGGUGGCAGCAGCAACACCCUACACCCCCAGUCCUUUACCAAAAAGCCAGUGGUGCCCUCCCGCUCUGAAGGAGGAGCUGCGAUGUCUGGAAGGCCACGGCUGCCCAUGAAAUCUCGUCCGGGUCAGACGCAGGAACCUCAGCCGAAGCCCAGAGACUACAGAGAGACCUCGGAGUUACCAGGAAAGAUACGACCGCCGCCCAGACCAGUCCAGCCACUGCCCAAAGAAGUGCUGUCUGAGAUAACCCAGACUACAAAGGGUCGGCCUCUGAAAUGAUCCCACCUUCACGUCCUGGAAUCCUUCCUUCACUAUUCAAUAUUCAAAAUAAGUACAAUAAAAGUUGGGCCGCGUUUUACUUUUACUUUA